AUGAUGAUCGAGCAGGCCAAGGCGGGCAUACCAGAGGCAAAUGAGAUGCUGGAGUUAGUAAAUCAGCUCCGCGUCAAGAUUAAAGAAUAUCAUGAAGCGUUAGAUUUACAGAGCAAGAUAUCUCAGCUCAGCAGUCCUGAUGAAAGGGCACUCCAAGUGGCUCGAAAUGAACUGCACGGAGGGCCUUUGCGACGAGAUGGUCAAAAGCCGAACCCCAUACUGGGCGGGAGAGGGAAGGAUUACCUUGAUGAAGCAGAGGACCUCGUUUCCCUCAAGACUCCAGCGGCUGUCGAUCCAUUAUCAAAACUAUUCCGGGCCUACUGGCCAGGCCGAGAGGAACUAUCUCGAGAUGGCCGACGUCGAAUUAGCCGUUUUGACGAACGAUCAAUCACAAUAGCCGUUGCUGUUGUCAACAUUUUACUCGCUAUGGUCUUGUUAGUCGGUUCGAUAAGCAGUCUCUACUACGUCAAGUCCGCACCAGCGAUUCUUGGCACGAUAUGCGGCUUUACAAUACUGUUCGCGUUGAGCGUGGGCUUGAUCACAAAUGCAAAACGGGCAGAGAUAUUUGGAGGAAGCGCAGCGUAA